GGUAAAAGACGCUGUAACGAGUAACAUAACCUUUCACGAACUUUUGGAAAAAAUGCAACAAGUGCAAUAAAGUGUAAAGAAAGUGACUUUUUAAUGUUUGCUUAUAAAGAUAAAGUGUAUUAAAGUAAAUGUUGAUCUGUUGUACUUUCUUAAUAUUACUGCACUUCAUGAAUACGUUUGAUACAUAAGACUUAUGCAGUAUCAAGAAAAGAAUGAAGAGGUUAUUGUAUCUUAUUAUUGAAUUUUAUUAUUCAAACAUCAUAAAAGUACAUCGUAUACAAAAGGAUUAUGAAAAAAUAAUUUAACUGUAAUCAUUUAAGACUGUGUUAUUUAUUAUAAGGAAAAGAGAACUUAUGAUUUUGUCACAAGAUGAGAUACUUUAUUUGACGAAAGUAUAGAAUAAAAAUUAAGUAGAAAAAUGCCACAUCCAUGUGUUGUAUGUGGACGUUCGCGUAUGAAUCCAAAUAAUAGGGAAGAAGAAUAUAUGUUUUUUGGAUUUCCUGUUAAUGAUGAAGCUCGAUGUAGAAAAUGGUUGGAAUUCUGUUGCCGCGAAGAUUUAUAUAAACUUACAAAAAAGCAGUUGCUUCAACGAAUGAUUUGUUCCAAGCAUUUUGAACAAAAGGAUUUUGUAAAUGAAUAUCUUGAUAGAUUAAAUUGCAUCGCAGUACCUUCUAUUUAUGAUCCUAAACAAAGUUUAUACAAUAUAACUUGCGUAUUGUGCGGUCGUUCACGUAGAGAUCCACCAGGUUUGGAUUAUGAUGGUGCAACUUUCCAUCAUUUUCCUGGUGAAGAAUUUCGAUGCUUAAAAUGGCUGGAUUUUGUUGGUGUAGAUUCAUAUUACAGAUUGACGAGAAAAGAAAUUUUAUUCUGUUACAUCUGUUCAAAACAUUUUGACCAUUCCCAAUUUAUGCCUGGAUACAAAAGCAGAUUGAUAGACAAUGCUAUUCCCAAUAUUCGCAAUCCUGAUCAAUUGAAUGGAUCUGAAGAAUAUAUUAUGGAAUUUGUAUCUGACACAAAAUCAUAUAGUCCAUCAGAGAAACAUAAAAAGUUAGAACCUUUACCACCUGCUGUGUUAGAAAGUCAAGCAUGCGCUGCCUGUGGUAGAUCAAGAUCUGAUCCAAAGAAUAAAAUAGAAAGAUAUAAAUUUCAUCCAUUUCCUGCGUAUGAGAUUGGAAGAUGUUUGAGGUGGUGUCAAUUUUUAGGCAGAGAGGAUUUAUUGAAGAUGUCUCCAAAUCAAAUAAGGAAAUUAGUAUUGUGUUCAAAACAUUUUCAAACAGGGCAAAAUUUUCAUAAAAUAGGACCAUGUGAUGCAGUUCCAACUAUAAGGGAUGUAUCACAGUUAAACUCAGUCAAUUCAACAGAACAGGUUGAAGAUGAACAAGAUGUGUUAGAGGAAUCUAAUUGUACUAAUCCUGGUAAAGGAAUUAAAAAACAAGGUUUCUUAAGACCCUUAGUAUCUAGUAAAAAACCAAAGGUAGAUAAUAAGCCUACACCUCUUGCAAAAAAGCGUGGGAAAUCUAAAAGGCCAACACUUAUUAACAUUCCAAGGCCUGAUCCUAAUAAUAUUGAAAAUCGUGUGAUAAAAAAAUUACCGCUUCCUCCUACUUCUAACUGGAAAAUCCAAUUUACAGAUCAGUUCCAACCUAUAACAAUAUCUAAUAAUAUUACAUCAAAUAUUACAAAUAAUAUUCAAGGCAACAUAAAGAAAGUGAUCUUACCAUUCACUGGUGACAUAUCAAAUUUAGGUGCUCCUAUUCCAGUGCAUAGUUUAUCUAGCAUACCUCCAGGUUUACUAAUUAAGAUAGAUCUUCCUGAACAAGAUCAACAAAAAUCCGUGAAAGCUAACAAAAAGCAAACUAGAACAAAAAUUACUCAUACUUCUACUAACUCUAAUGAAACUGAUUCAAGGCAACAAGUAUGGAUGAAAAAUGGUCAAGCAACAGUCACAUUGCCAGUAAUAAAACAGAUUAAGCAAGAGGCAGAUAAAAAUUUAGUUGAGUUUCUUUCAAUUUCUCCAGAAGAAACAGAGAAUAAAAUAACUUCUGAAGAAUUAGAAGUACACGAAGAAGUUAUUUUACCACACGCAUUAGAAGUGUUAGAUGAGGAAGCAAUUAAUGUAAAGGAGGAUCACUUUUACGAGGACUUUGAAGAAGUAGAAUGUUUAUCUCCGAAAGAAGAAAAACCCGUACGACGUAAAAAAGUUUCAGGGACAAUGCGUAGAACAAUGUUUCCAAUUAGAAGUGAAGUUAAAUAUUUUUUACGCAAACUCGCACCUCAUAUGCAUAGACUUCCUAGAAAAGCUAGAGCACAGAUAAAACUAUCGAUCGUUAAUAUGGUGAUCGAUCACUUGUAAAUGUACUGAAACACAAAUAAAUGAUAAAUUUUUAAGAAUAUAUAUAGUUACACAUAAAUAUUAUGGAUUUAUGCACACUAUACGACUAUUUGUAUAUUAAAAGUGACCAGGUAUAUACUCUACAAACAGUGAUAAUUAAAAUAUGUAUAUAUUAUUUUUAUUAUAUAUUUAUAACACGAUGGUGAUAGGCAUGAUAAUAACAGUAAUAAUAAUAUUAGGCUAAAGUAACAAAAAAUUUUGUAGAGUACAAAUACAAAUUGUUUGGUCAUUUUUGCAUCAUUUGUUUUUAUGGUUGUUGAGACAUAUAUAUUUUUAAACGAAAGAAAUAUUAGAAUGUUGCAGAAAUUUAUGAAAACAUCACAUUUUAUUUUGAAACCAUAUUAAAAAACACAUGUUAUAUCUGAAGCUUUUAAUAGGAAAGAAUUAUAAUUUUACUGUGUAUAUUUAUGCGAACACAUUUCUAUUCAUGCGUAUGUACAUACAAACAUUUACACAUAAAGUUACAACUAUUAUGUUGCAAAAAAUAUAUGUAAAAAGAUUUAUUGUAUAAUGAAUUUUUGUGAAAAAUAUUGAAAUAUAGGAUACCAUUAAUUUAAGUAUGUAUAUUUCGUUAAUUUAAAUAUUCUGUAAAUAGUUGUGGUAAAUUAUUUGCGAUAUAUAGCAAUAGAAUCAAAAUUUUAGUUUGAUGUCUCUUAGCGGUAUUAGGUCUGAUACUAGAGGUACCCAUAUUUUGUCUACAUUUUGAGCAUUAAUAUCUAAUUUUGUUUCAGAAUAAUCAAGCAUAGGUUUCGUAAACUCUUCAUUUAAUUUGAUAGGAUUUUUUAUCCACAAAACCUUUGCUGAAGCAACUGGUUCUAAUAUAAAUCAAGGAAUUUAAAAUACCGUUUAAUAAUUUAUAUCGUUGCAUAUUAAUGCAUUUAUACUUUUGCUCACCUACAUUCAUCUUGGGUAGUGAAUAGUGUCGCGAUCCAAUACAGUAAAACAUAAAUUUAUUUAAUAUUUCUUGAUGUUCUUUACAUUCACACAAUAUACCAAGAGGAUGUUCUAAACAAUUAUCAGAUUUUGGGUACAUAAUUUAUUAUGGAAUACAAGUAUUUCUAUCAUUUUAUAGCUGAAAACAAUGAAGUUGGAAACAUUCGAACCAAGUAACUUCAAACAACAGAAAGAUUGUAAAUUUAUACAAUAUAUCAAGUUCUAAUUUUAAUUGAAAUUGAUCAUAUUCGUUACUCACCUUGCUGUUAAUUCUAUGUUUUCGUAUUAUCGAAAUUCAAAUAGAAGGUGUGAACAGAAAAUGCACAAACGAUAACAAUCAAAAUUAAUGUUUUAUGUAUAAUACAUAUUAAUACGCGGUGUUACAGCUAUAAUUAACUUAAGCAAUGUGUGUUUAAACUUAAUACACUUAAGAAGCCAGCUUCUCUAUAUCUAUGGCUAUAGUAUCUUGUACAGAUUAUAAAAGCUGGAUACAGAAACGAUAUUAAGAGAAUAAAAGUUUUUCUCUUUUUGUAA